AUGGACACAAUGCCUGAAAAGAAACGAUCGCGAGACGACAUGAUUGAUGAGACCAAAGAAACGGGAGAGUCCAUGGACAUUGACUUUUCGGACGGAGGAGCCCGUCGCGAUUUGAUGACGCUGCUGUCUCGAGCAUCUCCAUUUGGAAAUGAAAAUGGGGAGCUUCCCAUUGGCGAAUUUGAACCACUGUCGAAGAUUGGCAGCAAUGUGGUGGCUUCGGAUCUCGCCGAGUCCCCUUUGAGCAAGGCCAAAGUGCUGGUUGUGGGGGCGGGAGGUCUUGGUUGUGAGCUGUUGAAGAACCUGGCACUGUCAGGGAUUUCCAAUAUUCACGUCAUUGAUCUGGACAACAUUGACAUUACGAACUUGAAUCGACAAUUUCUGUUUCGCAUGAAAGAUGUGGGCAAAAGCAAGGCGGAAGUCGCUGCCAACUUUAUCAAUACGCGUUGUCCUUGGAUGAAGGUGACUCCCUAUCACGGGAAAAUUCAAGACAAGGGCCCGUCGUUCUAUGCAUCAUUCAAUUGUAUCAUAUCUGGACUCGACAAUAUCGAAGCUCGGCGGUGGUUGAAUGCGACCGUCUGUGGCUUGGUGGAACUAGACAGUGACGGGGAUCCGGAUCCAUCCACGAUAAUUCCGAUUGUGGACGGUGGAACGGAAGGUUUCAAUGGACAGGCUCGUAUUAUCAUACCGCGAAUUAGCAGUUGCUUUGAAUGCUCUCUAAGUGCUUUCCCCCCGCAAACGUCGUUUCCACUCUGUACCAUUGCCGAGACCCCCCGUCGUCCAGAACAUUGUAUCGCUUACGCAUUUAUCCUGCAAUGGCCCAAGGAAUUCCCCGAUAAGAAGCUAGACAAGGACUCCCCAGAAGACAUGCAGUGGGUUUACGAGUGUGCAGCAGAACGCGCCAAAAAGUACAAUAUCGAAGGGGUGACGCUCAUGAUGACAAUGGGAGUGGUCAAAAACAUCAUCCCAGCAGUAGCCAGCACCAACGCCAUUGUCUCGGCCGCCUGCACCAACGAAGUUGUAAAGCUACUCUCUUUUUGCUCGCAGACUCUCAACAGCUACAUGAUGUACAUGGGAACCCAGAGUGUCUACAGCCAUACUUUUAUAUACGAAAAGCUCGAGGCGUGCCCCGUUUGUUCGUCCCAAGUGCAGAAGCUUACGGUGUCCAAGAGCAUGACCGUGAACGGAUUGAUUCAACAACUCUGCUCGGGUGACCUGCGAUUGAAGGCACCUUCCAUGACAAGCGCCGGUGGCAGCACAAUCUACAUGCAAAAACCGCCUGCACUGGAGAAGGCCACGCGACCCAACUUGGACAAGCCUCUCUCAGCCUUGAUUGAAAGUGGAGAGGAGCUGACUGUCACCGACCCUGUGCUGGAACAUGUGUCUGUGACGGUUCGUGUCACCUUUGAGUAA